CGAUAGUAGCAUUCAUCGUGUCUUAUCGAAGCUGAGCUAUCGUUUUAAGAUUAACAAAAAUUGCGCGUAUUACACUGAACAUUUAACAAUGGACGAAAAAGUUUUUAUUAAGCAGGAAGUGGAUGAGUCGUCCCUAAGCAACGAAGUGAUUGAAUACGAACCAAAGAAGAUCAAAGUUGAAAUUCCGUCCAGCCCAGUUUUAGCAAAUCCGCCUGCACGUGAAUAUUUGGACACGAAAGUCUUUCCAACUUUAUUCAAUGGAGUUUUAGCUAUGCGCAUUAACAACCCGACAAGUCAAGUUGAUUUUUUGGCUAACUACUUACACGCCCACAGGGAGUUUUAGGUUUCAUAUGUUCUCACACAUUGUUAACUAAUUUUCCUUAUUAAA